AUGACUUAGAACCAAAUAGUUGGAGCUAUUAAAAUAAAGGAUGGAUUGUUUAUUGGAGAUGAAUAUGCAUCUUAGGAUCGAGAAUUCAUUAUGACAAAUAAAGUCACUCAUAUAAUAAAUUGUGCAGGAACAGAAGUACAAAAUAAAUGGACCUUAAUGGGUGCUAAGUAUUUAACAUUUAAUUGGUUGGAGUAAGAUAAUGAAGUGUUAUUUGAUGAAAGAAAUGAAAAUGUUAAUAAAAUAUUUACAUUCAUAGAAGAAUGCUUUCAACAGGGAGAGAGUUGUUUAGUCCAUUCGGUUAGAGGGCAGAGUAGAGCUUGUUGUGUGCUCGCUGCAUAUUUUAUGAAAAAAUAUUCAUGGACGCUGUAUAAAACUCUUGAAUAUUUAAAUUCAAGGAGGCCAGAUCUUGAAAUCAGGGCAUCAUUCUUUUAUUAGUUGAAUGCAUUAGAAAAUAGAAUGACCAAAUAAGGACCAAAAAGAACAGCCUCAUGGAAUGAGUUAACUUCUGAUGAACAGAACCCUUCCCAAGUGCAGGAUGAAUUAAUCAUAAGAAACACAUUCUUAAAUUCGCACAACGGACCUGUAGAUGAAAUAUAUACAAAUUUGUAAGCGAAAUAAGGAGUAUUAGGAAAAGUUACAAACCAGAAACUCAAAUGGAAAGAUUAAGCAAACAAAGAAAAUAUUUCCUUAGCUACAAUUGUAUACUCUGGCUCCCCUGAUUUUGUUCCUGUUUCUGAAAUUAAUUUAAAAGCAGAUCCAACAACGCCUUCAAUUUUAAAAGGAGCUUAAAAGAGUUAAUCUCUGGUAUAACCUCCAAAACAACCUUAAAUUUAGUCAAACUUCCCUAAGAGUUCUCAAAAUGCACCUCAAGUAAGAUCAGCUAGCAGUAAAUCUUAAUAAUAAGAUCAAAGUGAUCUUUAAUUGAAUUCAAAUAUAACUUCAGCAAAUCUAACAAAUAAUCCUUCCUUCUAAAAUUUAUUAAUGCAUUGCGCAAUGAAAACUAGAACCCCAUAAUAAUAAUAAUAAUAAUAAGAAUAAGCUGUUAAGAAAAAUACUUUAAUAAAUAACUUAAUUAAACCGUAAACUGAAAAUCAAAACAUUUAAUCCAUUCCUUAAAUUGCAACUAACUUACUACAAUUAUAAGUCUAAGCAAAUCCUUCUAGUGGAAUUAGAAGUAAUUCAUUAUAACAGACUGAAGAUAAAAGAAACUAAACAGAGGCCAAUAAAAAUAAUCGUCCAAGCUCAGUUAAAUAGAAGGACAAUCAACCUUCUAUCUUAACAAACUUUUAAGAAUUCAAAAAUUAAGUAUAACAAUCACUUAACUAUUUUAAUAAAUAAUAGGAAACAAUAUCAAAUAUGGAUAAAUAAUCAUUAUAAUCAUAAACAACAUAGUUAACAACUUAAUCUAAUGUAACGUAAUAAUAAUAACAAUAAUAACUAUUGAUAGCAUAAAAUAAUACUGCUCAACAAAAAAAUAAAUUAGAGUAACUAAUUAGUCCUACAUUGAUUUAGUAAAUGAAUUCUACAAAACAUUCUGAAAUAUAAAAAACACUCACCUAAUCGAUAUCCUAAUUAUAAUCUAGUUAUUAGAAGUUUUAAUAAUUACAAUAAAAGAAUUAAAUAAAAUAAUCAUAAUCCCAGUCAUGUAUUUAAAAAUAAAAUGCAUAAGUUAAUGAAGUUUCAGUUGUUGCUAAUCCUACUGGUUUGAAUUUAGUUAAAGUUUAGGAAAGGAGUACUUCCUUAACAAAAAAAUAAGAUAAUUUAGACUUUAAAAAUAGGCCUAAUAGUGCUGAAGUUAACGAUGGGUCCAGAGGAGUUAAUUAACUAAAAAAGGAAAGUUUGUCACCAUUUUAAAAAGAAGCUGUCAAAAAGGUUACUUAAUAAGGCCCUCCUUUGCCUUAAUCAAGUUCUUAGAUUUAUUUAAGAAAUGUUUAAUGUAGGAGAUAGGCUGCAUCAACUUUAAGAAAUUAAUAAAAGCCCAAUAAUUCAUUUUAGGAUAAAUACUUAAAUUAAAGUGCCAAUUAAGUUUAAAAUAAUAGUAGUUUUAAUAACAAUAGUAAUUCAGCAAUUGAAGCUGAUUAAAAAUAAUCAACCAAAGGAGUAGUUACAGACUUAAAUCAAUUUAAAAAACUCAUAUCCCCUUAAAAUUUAACAAAAAGUCAAGCUUAGUUUGUUAAAAAUUAACCAAUAAGAGUUUUAUAAGAAUUGACUGAGAAAACAUAAUCGUAAAAAUAAGUGAAAGCUAAAGACAAUGUUUCUUCUACAAGUUUUACUUUGGUCUAGAAACCAUCUACUGUAAAUACUAGAACUUUUUCCCCUGCAAUUAAAAAUGAAACAAAAAAUAAACCAAGUAAUCCCACAAAUACAAAUGUAAGAUAAAAAUUUAGGAAUUCAUCUCCUGGAAUAACAAAAGAUUAAGAUUCCUCUAAUUCAUUAUAAAAUGUAUCAACAACUUUUUAAGGCAAAAAUAGUUGGAAAAUGCUUUGA